AUGUCCUUAGACGAAGAGAUUCUGGAGUUGGUCGCGAAAAAUGGCCAAAUGGACUAUGAGAGAUGGCCUGCGCUUUUAGAGCCGUUGCUGGAGCGGCUGGACCAUAUAGUGCACAAUGAAUUCCGGAUACCACAGAUACCAGCAUAUGCCUCUUUUGAAACCAUCCAAACCCUUCCUCUCAUGUCACAAUCGCAGCCCGCCAGCGAAUCCUUGCCCAAUAGCAACAAAGAGAAUGCUCCUCCAUCCCUAGCUCAGUCACCACAGCGGCCACCUGUUCCGUCCUUCUCUUCCCAGGCUUCUGCCUCUAUAGAUCGGAUUCCGGACUCUCAGAAUUCCCAGCUACUGUCCAAUGGAUUACCUCCUCCUCUGAUAACGGAGUUAUCCGCGAUUAAAAGUACUCUGAGGUCCUAUUUUUCUCAAAAGCCACCCCAUACAAUUCAGCGUCUUGCAGAGCUUAUACUGCGGCCUACGAAGAAUUAUAAAACUUUGCCAGCUUACCUACGAGCCGUCGAUAGAGUGGUUUCAGUAUCUAGCGGUGCAGACAUAUUCCCACUGCCAGUAUCUUUGCCAGCAGAUAAUUUACUUGAUUCAUCAUUAGCAAACGGCGUCAAUGGGUCUACCAGCACUGCUUUCAUGCUGAAUGACAACUCCCUCGGCAGUGACGAAUCUCUUGGAGGCGCCUUAUUAACUCCUAUUCCCUGGCUCAACAAUUCUACGCCAUCCUCAGAUGAUGACGAUAUAAUGCAAGAAGUUGGUGGCCAAACACGGGCCGAAAAUCUACCAAAUUCGAACCAGGAGACCCAACAUAUGGGGAACGUUAACCAGGGACAAGAUACACCUGCUUCCAGGGUUGACGCAGAAACCGAUGCACCUCAUGUCCUUGACCCUGAAAAUGAAGAAGUACCCCAUGCUCGUGGUCCUGAUGUACUUGGUGUACAGGAUCUCGGCCUUCAAAAUGGGAAGGGGGUUACAAUGUCGCUUGCCCGGACUUCUCCGCCACCUGGAUCGUCUGGAGAAAGUGUACCUGCUACACAAGACGCUUCUGCUGACAAGACGAUAGACGAAGAUGCACCCGGAGAACCUGACGCUGAUGCAGAAGCUGAUGCGGAUGGUGACAUUGACAUCAUGGACACUGGACCAAAGAAUGAAUCAGGCCAGAUGACUAGUGCAGCUUCCGGAAAUCCUGAGGUUGGGGCCGGAGAGAACAAUGACAAAUAA